GCCAAACCCAGACCAAACCCCCCAAAUCCCAAAUCUUUCCUUCCCCCAAAUGCUCUCCGCCUCGCGCGCCGCCGCGCUCCCUCGCCGCCGGCUCGCAGCGCCGGCGGCAGCAUUGUGAGGCUCAUCCCUACCCCAGCAGUCCUCCCUCGCCUUGCGCCGGCGAGGACAGCGCCGGCGGCGCGGGCCCGGGCGGCGAGGCAGGGUCUGGAGAGGGGCCGACGGCGACGGCGACUCCGCCGGCCUCCUUCCACCACCUCCUGCCGUCCAUCCAUCUCUCCGAGCUUGGAGAAAUUUUUGUUUUUUGGGGGGCUCAGCUGCUCGUCACGCUUAGGUCUGGUACGGCGGCUGCUGUUCCAGCUCCGGAGUGAGAAAAUGGCUCUGCUUUCGCUGAAGGAUUAGCGAGCCAUUGCCAGGUUUGCGAUGGAUAAUAAUGGAAGUAGCCACAAGAACCCGGAACCGGGGAGAAGCUCAUUUCACAGGAUGGUUCUUGGGCAGCUUGUCCGGGACUUCGGUUUCGACGAGGAGAAUGCGCCUUGCAAUACUCCAAGAAGAAGCUUGGUUCACUCACGGUUUGGUGGCUCGGCGGGUCGAAAUGUUGCUUCGACUAGCGGUAGUACUAGCGCUGUGUCGGUUAGCCCCGGCGAGUAUGUCAGAGAUCCUGGGUCCCUUUUGAGCUUGCAGCCUUGGAUCUUUAAGAGGAGUGGCUCACAGAACAUCGAGGAGAAGAUGCUUGCAAGUGGUGGUAGGGAAGAUGGUAAAGGCAAGAAUCUGAUGGAUGCCUUUCGAGAUGGUUCAGCUGUUGAGAUCUCUCCAAGGAGUCCUGGUCUUGGUUCUGGACCUGGAAGAGGUCGAGGCGCUCUUAGGAGCAGACGGUCUCAUAGGCAUUUGAUUAAGCCACUUGUUCCGAUCGAGAACUCCUACAUUCCACAACUUUAUAGCGAGGAUUUUGAAAUUGAUGAAUGCACAUUUGGGCCAGUUCCCUCCCCAGCUUCUGCUAGGCCAUUCAUUGUAACAAAUGGAAGGAGAGUAAUUAGUAAGUCACGCUAUGAACCAGUGCCUGUACCGUUUAACAUCGGAUUCGAGAAGGAGGGGAAUCGAAACAUCUCAAAAAUUCCAGAAAGUGUAAUUGGGAUCACUUCUCUGCCUGAGCUGAAGAAAUCAAAAAGGGCGAGGCAGGGAUUUCAGAAUGCCACGAUGGACUUGUCUGGCAUUCAGACUACUAAACCAUCAAAGCCUACAGGUUUAAUUGAUCGACUGCGGAUCUUCUCUACCGGAGUCAGUAUUGGUAUUAUAUCAUCCAUUCUAUCAAACAAGAAUGAGCUUGAUACAUUAAAGAGCACCCUGAAACGAAUGGAGAACUUGGUUCAAGAUCUGCACGAUGAGCUGGAAAUGAGAGAUGGUUUAACUGUGAAGGAACUACCUAAUGAAGUGUCUGUUGAACAUGCUGAUGACGAGAGCAAAGCUCAUUUAAUUGAUUCGGGGCCCAUGAGCAAAAUUGAAGAAGAACUUGAAGCUGAGCUCGCAAGACUGGAGUUAAAUAUAACUUCAAAAUGCUUAGAAGAACAAACAUUUGACUUCAGUGAGGUUGACCAAGAUCUCAUUGGAGAUAUUGUCCAAGGAGAAUUGAAGAUUGAUAUGGCCCGUCGUGACCUCACUGAUUACAGUAGUGAGAGCGACCAUGGCAGGGAUAGUAGAGAAAGCUCCCCAGAUUGCACACAUGAUGCAAACUAUCCUGUCUCACCUAGAGAUCUCAGCAUCCGUCUCCACAAGGUAAUCCAACAGAGACUUGAGGAGCGAAUCAAGGAACUUGAGACAGCACUUGCGCAGAGUGAGAAGCAGACAGAGGUGCAAGUGGUGGCCACUGAGCAGAUCUUGUGUGAAAGAACCUGCUCAGACAGCAACUCUGGUUCUCCCAACCAGGAAAGUCCAGUGUAUAUACAAGAAACCAACUCCUUGGCAGAACCGUUCUGUCUAAACCUUGCCGGAGAUGCGCUGGAAGCUUACGAUGAAGCUUAUGAGGAAUUCAUGAGAAUUGCUGACUCCCCUUGCACUACAAGUACCAACGGGAAGCCUCAGGUUCAUGAGGAGUACUCAGUGGACCGCAGUUUGAUCUGGGGCAUGGAGGAUGGCAGUGCUAGGAAACUGAAAAAGGUGCCCACUUGGGAGCAAAUUUUGAAGAGUGAAGAGCCUAACAGAACUCGAGAGAGCGACGGAGAUGAUGAAGAUGAAUCUGAAGAUGACGAUGACCAGGAUAGUAAGAUGCUCAUCCAACAGAUUGUAGAGAGAACUAAACAAGGCUCACCUGUACUAAUUCAUGCUCAAAGAAUAUUGUUUUCUGUGGAUGAUUAGAUUGCUGCGCUAUAUAGUAUUUGACUUUUCAUUUUAAUCAGAAUCUAGUGUUUUUUUUCUUGACCAGGAAUCAGAAUCUAGUGUUAAUUGAUUGUUUAGAGAAUAGCAUAAAUAUUAUUCUUUUCACCGUCUUGUGGAGAUGCCCUUUUCAGUGUGUCUUUUAAACCUCUUCACUUUACGAUCGAAAGUGUGAUCGGUUACAUACUAUUCACUCCUAUUUUAGUGUGGGCUGAAAACCGAUUAAAUGUAAUUCUUUUAAUCUGGUGUGUUU